ACAUCAUCAUUACAUUGUGUACAUGUUUGUUGCGGACCAUUUGCGAACGAUAUUUUGGAAUUUGAACAAGAUUGGACAAAUAUAAUAAUUUGCCGCUACAUACAAGAAACUAUACACUGGAGAAAUCUUAGAAGUGUGACCUAUUUAAAGAAAAAUUAAAUAAAGUUUUUGUCUAUAUUUUGAGAAUAAGAACAAAAUAAACGCAACUUUCAUAAUGACUGACGAAUACGCAGCUGUUAAACGUGGAAAACUUCAUUUAAAAGGCGACAAACCUAAAGCUAAGAAACGCAAACAUAAGAAGACCGAGAAGUCUGAAGUUUCCAAAGUAGACGAAGAUGCCGUCAAGCACGGCAGCUGGUGGAAAGUUACGAAAAUAGAGGACAUCACUGGAUCAAUAUCCAUUGAAUUUGGAAAUAAUUCUUACGUCUCCGCUUUAGACAACGGCCUUUUCACAAUUGGAGCGCCUCACGGUGACUGCGAGGGCCCCUCGCCUGAAGAGAUAUUCACGGCGUUUCCAGCAGGGGAGAACAAAUUCGCACUCAAAUCUGGUUACGGAAAAUAUUUAGGUGUAACCAAGGAUGGCAUAGUUAUUGGUAGAUCUGAUGCGGUUGGACCUAUGGAACAGUGGGAGCCAGUAUGGGAAGACGGAAAAACUGCAAUCUUGAGUUCUUUAAAUAAGUUUAUGUCUGUAAAUGAAGAAGAGUCUGUUGUGGCCCAGAGUUCCAAAGUUGGAGACCAAGAGCUUUGUUGCAUCCGUAGCAAUAAAACUAAGGAAGUAAAUAAAUCAGUUGUUCCUACAGAAGAGCAAGGGGAUUUGGCAGAAGUGGAAGUUAACUAUGUGAAGAAGUUCCAAAAAUUCCAAGACAAGAAGUUGCGUAUAAACGAGAGUGGAAUAUCAGAGCUGAAGAAAGCAAAGGUGGAGGGCAACCUACAUGAAACAUUGCUGGACAGAAGAAGUAAAAUGAAAGCAGACAGAUACUGUAAAUAAUAUAUACCACAAAGUAGUUAUUAUUCAUAGUUCUUUCAAAAUCAAGAGUACCUAUAUCAUUUAAAUGUCACUGAGUAAAUAAUGUUAUGGCUGGUUUCUGAUUUUACAUCAACUUAAGUUUUUUAUUCUCCACAAGGCAAAAAGUUCUAGUUCUUAUGAAACGGCUAUCAAAUGAUCAUUAAAAAAUCUAAAAUCAGAAAUAGACCUGUUUAAGUGAUAUUAAUAAACAAUUUGAGACAUGCUAAACUUUAAAUACUUAAUUCAGAAACUGGGUGUCAGUUAAUCAACAUAAUCUUAAAAACUAGCUUUUGAAAAGCAAUGCUGGCAGGGAAGGUAGCUCACUUUCAUGAGCCCACUUGUAAGGCUGCUUUAAAAAAAUAAGUCUACAAUUUUGAUAUUCUUUUAUUUUUCUCUUGUAAUCCUUCAGUACAAUGGCCUAAAAUGCGUUGGAGUAAUUUUUGUAUACACUGUUUUUACAGAGAAAUGAAAUUAAUUCAUUACAAUCAUACAGAAUUUGAAUAUAUCUACCUACAUACCUUAUAUAAAACGAUAUCUACACCUAAACCUAUGUGUAUUAGACUAGACACAGACACCUAGUCUAUUGGAACUUGAUAAGAGUAGUGGCUUUGUUGAUACGAUACAGUAUAAUACAUUUUACAUGGUCUCACGUCCAGUGUUAGUGGCUUGCAGGCACAAAUCCUUUAUAACCAUAUGUCAAAUGUUCCAAAAUCAUGCCUUUGCUCACAGAAUACCCGUUACUUAUAAUAAAUAAUAUUGUCCUAAAUGUCAGAUUUUGAAUACCUCUCUUCACUACUUAUGUGUAAGUAUAAUCGUUCUACCAUAAUGCAUCACAGAUUAAAUGUAAUUUUUUUAAAUACAAAAAUUUAUAAGGUUUGAUGCAUAGAUUCAUAAUAUCACUUAAUAUGCUUCCAAUUAGUGUAUGGCAACUGAUAUUCUGAGAACAAAACCAGUUUGUAACACCUGCAAAUUAUAAUCUAUUAGAUCUACAGUUGCACAUAUUUGUUUAUUAUCAUUUUAAAUAUUUUCUAUUUCAAUUUACAAAAAUAUCACAAAAUAUGCAAUAGAUGAAAUGGUGUACUGUCCAGUAUAUGGCAUGGCCAAAAUUUAUUAAAUGAUAUUACAUUUGUGGUCUGUGUUCUGGCCGUAUACAUAUUUCCUUCUUAUAUAUCUCCUUGUAUUUGGUAAAAAUAAAAAUGAAACGACUUAAUGCUAUGAUCCCCACCAAAAUGUGAAAAUCCAAUGUAAGUGCACAGUAUCCUUGGAUAGAUAUACUAGGUCAUAUUACUUUUAAAGUAAAAAUAUUACAGUUCGGUGGGCACAUUAAUAAAUAAACUUAUUAAAAACAAAAAUAUUUGACAGUUCCGGAGUAUUUGAGAUUGCAUAUAUGAAUAUUUCAAAUCAACAAAAUGAAUCAAUACAUCGCCCAGGUUUUUAGAGGCAAAAACGUAAUAUACAUACAUACGUUUAAAAUACAUGCUUAAAAUAAAUAGCACGUCAGAUUACUAAAUCGCUCCAAUUGAUUUUAAGCCUUAAUUUGUUAACAAUAGAGUUCAUUGUAACCUGUUAUUCUGUUGUGUGCUGUGUGUACAAUGAAACUUAACACUACUACGUAAAGGAGGAAAAUAAUAUAAUGUUAUAUAAUUACUGACCAUUUUGUAAAUGAUUGCAUAUUGAUAGCAUAAUAACGUCAAUACUCGUGAUAAUUUAAAGAUAUUAUGUUGAGGGAAAUAAUUAUAAUACGAAAUGUCGCCACUUAAAAGAUGGAGUGCUAUUUUAAAUUUAUACUAUAGAUAUUAUUAUAUCUUAAUAACAGAAUAUGUAACAGAUAACAUGGUGCUGUAUUGAACUUAAGAAAUGUUAUUAAUCUGAUGUAAUCAGCCAUAUAUUCGAGAUAUGGUAAGAGUAUAAAUUAAAAGGUUUAUAUUAUAAUUGCAAUUGAAAUUAACAAGCUACAAAACACUCGUCAACAUAAUUCAUAGUCAUAAGAAUUUAUUCAUAACCGCUUAACAAUUUAUCUACAUUCAAAAUAUUCUUUUCUUUGUGAUCUCAGCCUUGCAUAUUCAGAAUAAAUAUAAGAGAAAUUAGCUAAUAUCAAAAUGCUGUGUGUUAUAAACAAUUCAAAGGUACAGGUUACUCAAAAUUCUAUUUUGAGUCUUAAUAGGACAUCCGUUAAGUUCAAUAUAGAUUGUGAAAACCUCAUGUGUUGUUUUAUUCGAUGGAUUCACGUUAUAAUCCCAGUACAAAGAAGCUUAUUAUGCGGAAGAUAUUGUUUAUUCAGUAAAGAUUUCUUAGAAAUUUAAAUAUAUACUUAAAACAAGUGUUGCAAGUCCAAUAAUUACCAAAAUAUGCUAACUGCCAAUCAGUCAAAGGCCACAACCACAAUUUACUUACCUAUCAUCACACACUUAUUCAUAAAAGAAAUUGCUUUGACAAAAGCCUCUUCACACAGCCAAUUUAUCAAUUUACUUUUAACUGAAUAAUUAUUCACUUAUAAUUAACAUUGGCAGUUUACAAAAGCAAUCGGACUGUAUAAUAAUAUAAUAAAAAAAGAACCUAUGUUGUAUAUUAUUGAAAUAAAAUAAAUAUUAACUUAAAUAUUAUUUUUAUACAUAAAAUAAUAAUGUGACAUAUAUGUAUUUUACCUUUGCUGACUGGCAGUAAAAAUAAGUCAGGGUUGUCAGUAUACAAAUAUAUAGUAUUUUUACCCGACUGCGCGACUUAGGGUAAUGCGUUUAUUUAUCUUUAAAGGCGUUUUAAUGUCAAGUUGUUCUUUUAAAUAAAAUGACUAUCAAUUGAGACGUCGAGUUAUUGUCAAUUAUGAACCCUUCUGUCGAAGUACCAAUUCAAUAUAUUUUGGUACUUAAGAUGCUGUCAGUAUUGAUACUUUUUUA